AUGGCAGGCCACAGCAGCGGUACGUGUAGGGAGCAGCGUGUAUCGAUGAAGUGUCUUGUCAACGAAAGCAUAAAACCAGUGGAUAUAUACAGAGGACUUCAAGCACAGCUUGGUGCUAAGGCGCUCAGCUGCAGUAAGACAUUUGAAUGGUGCAAACGUUUCACGGGUGACCGUAUCUCCGUCAGUGAUGAUCUCGGUCGUGGUGAUUCUCAGUUCACAGUUACCAUUCCUGUGAACAUCCAGCAAGUAGAACGUCGGAUUCUAAAUAAUCCCCGUGUAACUUGCUGUGAGGUUGCAAAAGUGACUCACCUUUCUGUAGGGACGGUGAAACUGGCUUGGUGGCCACCCAACCCACCGCUCCUUUCACUCGCUCGUCUCGCCCGCCUGCCCUCUUGCGUCCGAGCACGUGCAGCUGCGCAGUCAGCGUCAGCGACACCAACUGCCAACUGUUCGCGUCUUCAAGGGGUCCUGACAGCUGCGAAACCGCAUGCAACUUGCGUCCUGCGCCCACAGGUCUACGCACGUGAAUGCAUGAAUGCGCACCCGCUCGUUUGUCCGCUCACCCCUAUAUUGACACUGAGGGCACAGCUGUGCGGUCUCUUGCGCUAUUACGACACCUGGUACGCAUGUGUGUGUCUCCAUGGCCGAACGUCUCUUCACCUCCAUGUCUCUGUGUCUUCUAAGGGAAAACGAGGAAAUUCGGAGUAUGUGACAAUGAUGGUGGGAGACAGUUCGGGAAACGUGUACGUUUACGCAAUGAAGAAUUUCCCUGAGGCGGGCUCCGCAAACGAAGAGGCGGAAAAACUGAAUUCCAUUCUGCUCUCCUGUUUCUCAUCCCAAGUGCCUACGUAG